CUAAGCACAUUCCUCACUUUUUUUCUUUCUUCUCUUCAUCUAUCAAUUGAAUCUCUGAUUCUGAGUCUCAGAUCCUUCAAAAAUGUUUGUGAAGAAGCUCGUCGAGAAAGCGUCCAUAAAGAAGCCUGGUGGAAAUUCAUCAGAUGGGUUAAAAGCUAGUGAUGUAGAUCCACGCUUGGUAUUUCAUCAAGGGGUACCAUCGGGUGGUGCCAAGUUCGCCUAUGACACCAUUCAAAAAAUUCUAGCGCUUUCUACAAAGGAUGGCCGGAUUAAACUAUAUGGAAAAGAUAAUGCACAAGCAGUGCUUGAAUCUAGUGAGCCCCUUCCUAGCAAGUUUUUACAGUUCGUCCAAAACCAAGGCAUCCUUAUAAAUGUCACUUCCAAUAACCAUAUUGAGGUUUGGGACAUGGACAAGAAACUGUUAUCAGACGUGUACAUUGCUAAAGAAGAAAUCACUUGCUUUACAGUCAUUCAACAUACCCUUUAUAUGUAUAUUGGACAUUCUAAUGGUAGUAUUUCAGUUUUGAAGCUUGAUCAAGAACCAUGGCAUAUGGUUCAGAUGAAAUACACCAUACCCCUCUCAGCUUCCUAUGGGAAUUCUGAAGUGUCUGAUGAUACUGUUGUGAUGCAUAUACUGCCUCAACCAGCAGCUGAAAGUAAGAGGGUUCUCAUAAUCUUUAGAAAUGGCCAAAUAAUAUUAUGGGAUAUUAGGGAAAGCAGAUCUAUUUUCAGAACUGGUGGAAAUAUGUCGCAACCAUUGUAUAAUGAAACAAAGAAAGUGACUUCUGCAUGUUGGGCAUGUCCUUUUGGAAGUAAAGUGGUUUUGGGGUACAACAAUGGAGAACUCUUCAUUUGGAGCAUCCCUUCUCUAAAUAUAGGAAAUGGUUCAGCAUCUGAUCAUGGUAGCCAAAACACUCCUUUGCUCAAACUUAACUUGGGAUAUAAGUCAGACAAAAUUUCCAUAGGAUCAAUAAAAUGGGUUUAUGCUGAAGGAAAGGCUAGUCGACUAUAUGCCAUGGGAGCUUCUGACUAUGCAACUUCAAACUUGUUGCAGGUAGUGUUGUUGAAUGAGCAAACAGAAUCUCGCACGAUUAAGUUGGGACUUCAUUUGUCUGAAUGUUGUAUGGACAUGGAGAUCAUAUCAACUACAACUGAGCAAAGCAAGCAGAAACAAGAAUCUUUGCUUUUGCUUGGGAAGUCAGGCCAUGUAUAUCUAUAUGAUGAUUGUUUGAUUGAAAGGUAUCUGCUCCAAUGCCAAUCUAAGUCCACACCCUCCCUUCCAAAGGAAGUGAUUGUGAAAUUACCACUGGCAGAUUCUAGCAUCACUACAUCAAAAUUCAUCUCCAACAAUCCCAAUGUGUUAAAUUCUGAAGAUGAGUAUUACAGAGAGUUGGUCAAAAAGUAUCCACUUUUUAUUCCAGUUGAAACAAAUCAAAAAGAUGGGAUUAGCUUGAUUUCUGCAAAAUUUACGGGAUUCUCAAAAGUUCAAAACUUGUACAUAACUGGACACAGCAAUGGAGCCAUAAACUUCUGGGAUGCUUCAUGUCCCUUUUUCAUCCCAAUUUUGCAAUUAAAGCAACAGAGUGAAAAUGACUUCUCAUUAAGUGGUAUACCUUUGACGACGUUAUACUUUAAUAUCAACUCUUCUCUUCUUGUUUCUGGUGACCAGAGUGGAACGGUUCGCAUCUUUAGAUUCAAAUCUGAACCAUAUGCCACCAACAGCUUCAUGUCUCUUACUGGAGGUACAAAGAAAGGGACUGAUCAUAUAAUCCAAAGUUUGAAACUUGUAAAGAUUAAUGGUGCCAUACUUUCUUUGAAUAUAGAUCACAGCUCAAUGCAUCUUGCUGUUGGUUCUGAUCAAGGACAUGUUUCAGUUUUUAACUUAGAUGGCCCAACUUUGUUAUAUCAGAAACAUAUCACAAGUGAAAUUUCUGCCGGUAUCAUCUCUCUGCAGUUCCUAACCUGCAGUAUGCAUGGUUUUGAGAAAAACCUUUUAGCAGUGGGAACAAAAGAUUCAUCUGUUCUGGCACUUGAUAAUGAAACUGGAAACAUGCUGAGCGCAGGAACUGUUCAUCCUAAGAAGCCCUCUAGAGCUCUACUUAUGCAGGUGUUGGAUGGACAAGGUGCACCAAUCACAGGAUCCGUUACAAAAGAUGGAUUAGACUCCAGUGAAGGGAAUCAUAAUGAUGAUGCAACAAUAAAGCAAUUGUACAUUCUGCUUUGUUCUGAGAAGGCCUUAUAUGUCUAUUCAUUAGUGCAUGCUCUUCAGGGACUUAAAAAGGUGCUUCACAAAAAGAAGUUUCAUUCCUCUUCCUGUUGCUUUGCAUCAAUAUUUUACGGCCCCUCUGAUAUUGGCCUUGUACUCCUUUUCAGUAGCGGAAAAGUAGAAUUAAGGUCUUUGCCAGAGUUAUCCCUGGUUGUGGAGACUUCAAUUAGAGGUUUCAGUUAUUCACCUCCAAAAUCGAAGUCAUUUUCUGACAGCCAGAUAUGUUGUUCGUCCAGAGGAGAUCUUGUUUUGGUGAAUGGUGACCAAGAAAUUUUUGUUGUCUCAUUGUUGGUUCAAAGGAAUAUUUUCAGGCUUUUGGACUCUGUUAGCUGCAUCUACAGUAAAGAAAUGAUGCUUUCCCGAGAAGAGCUUGUUCCUGGCCCAGUGAUUCAUAAGGAAAAGAAAAAGGGUAUAUUCAGCUCUGUCAUCAAAGAUAUAACUGGUAGUAAGGAAAAGCAUGUGCCCCUCAUGGAAACAGAAGAUUCUAAAGAAAUUAUCCAGGAACUCUCAGUACUCUUUUCAAAUGAAAAUUUUCCAUGUGAUGCGGAUAACAAUGAUAACCUGAAUGUUGAUGAAGAUGAGCUUGAAUUAAACAUAGAUGACAUUGACAUAGACGAUCAUGAAGAAAAACGCAAAGAACAAAGUAUACUGGGAGCUCUUAAUAAGAAGAAAUUGGCUGGAAAAUUUCAGGCUCUAAAAGGAAGAUUGAAAGAGAUGAAGGGAAACAUCCAGAAAACAUCAGGCAAGGAAGAGCAACAAGAUGAGCAAGCUGGUUCAGUUGAUCAAAUUAAGAAGAAAUAUGGGUUUUCUUCUUCCUCCAAUGAAACAAGCGCUGCUAAAUUGGCAGAAAGCAAGCUGCAUGAGAACAUGCAAAAAUUGCAGGGUAUCAACGUACGAACUACAGAAAUGCAAGAUAAAGCAAAAUCAUUUUCAUCAUUGGCAAACCAAGUGCUGCGAACUGCUGAACAGGAUAGACGAAGUUGAUAAGCGCUUUAAACUCAUUGACUAGACUUCAGUUUAUAAAGUAUUUUACCUUCUUCUUUUUUGUAAGAUAUGAAUUUUUUUUGAUAUUUUGUAUUUAAGCUUAUGCUUUCUUUCUUUUUUGUAUUUAUAUUUUGUUUUAUACUGAGAU